CGCUCCCCGACACUCGUUUUAUUCCACUACACGCGACCGGUGCAUGAGGGGUUGGGGUUCGCAGCCUCCUCGCGCCUGAACAGCACCGUUCGCAAACACUCCUCGACCACCACCCCACGCCCCGGACGCGCGUCGCGGCCGCUCCAAUGCGCUUCCGCUCCAGCUCGAAGCGCUACACAAACCUCGAGAGCAAGACCAACGCACAUGGCGCGAAGGAAGCUUGGUAUUGGCGCUUCAUCGCGCUUGCCGCCUCGUGGAUGAUCUUGUGCGGAUACCUCAUACUCCCCGGUCUCUACGCAGAAGACCCGCAGCUCCGAAUAAGCCAGCCCGUACUCAAUGUCUUCGUCGUGGCACUCCUCACAGCCGGCUACUCGUUCACUGCGCUGCUCUGCUUUGCAUGCCGUAACGAGCUCUUCCAAGCCGAAUCCAUCUUCCUUCCUGCUCUCACCUCGUCUGCGGUCGGCCUCUUGACCAUAGCCUACAACUUCCUCGUAUCCAAAGCCUACGUGUGGGGCACUGCUGCCAUAUCCGGCACCGUCAUAUCCACUGCCUCGACCUUCCUCUAUGGCAUGCUUCUCCUAUGGACACACCGCCGCAUCGUCAAACUCCGAGAGCAGAGAUCCAGCCGCUCCAACCUCUAUAAUGAGCCAGGUUAUUACAACAACUUCGUCCAAAACAUGUACCCCGCUGCCGCGCGAUCGCCCUCCGCCCCGCCCGAGAUUCCUCUAUCCGAUGAAGACAGGAUAAACCAACAGAUGGCUCUGCUGCUCAUGAAGCAAGACCAAGGAACAAGCCCAGACGCGAGCUCUGCGACUUUCAGGAUCGACCUUCCAGAAGACCACGAGGAAAGGGAUCGAAUAGCCAACAGCCAGGAACUAGUGGGCACUCCGCCCGUAUCGCACGCAGACUGGAAUCGCGCAAGAUCACAAAGUAGGCCAGACAGCCUAGGCGAGACACAAGCCUGGGAGCGAUGGCAGGACCGAGGGCGCACCACGGAUCGACCAGCCAGCAUCGGCGCGCGAAGUAAUCACUCACGAGCAAUGAGCCGCGAAGAACGGAGAAGAGAGAUCGAAAUGGGACUGGGCCCAGCAUAG